AUGUCAUCAUGUGGUGAUGCAUUUCGGAGCAAUUUGUGCUUGUCUUCCCUCCCGACCCUCGCUCCUCACCCAAGAAAUAGUAAUGACAAGAAAAGAAGUGAGAAAAGGUCAGGUAGUUGUGGUCCAGGAAAAUCUGCGCAUGCUGUUGACGGAAAGAAAAAUCUUUUGAGAACAACUUCCCCCAGGUCUCCUGUUGCUAGCGCUAGUGCCUUUGAAAGUGGGGAAGCAUCAGAUGACGAAGAUAAUGUGACUGACAAUGCUAAGGGCACUGGGGGCGAAAACCCAUAUGAGAGUUUUAAUGUUAAUGCUAACGGAGAGCAAAUGUCUGUUGUUGCUUCAAGUAUGAUCCGUUCUCAUAGUGUUUCUGGUGAUUUGCAUGGUAUUCAGCCUCACCCUAUUGCGGCUGACAUUCUGAGAAAAGAGCCAGAGCAUGAAAGUUUUGCCCGACUCAAUAUUACUCCAAUUGAGGUUCCAUCACAUGAUGAAGCAGAAGUAUAUGUGAUUCUUCAAGAAUUCCUGGAAAUGCGAAAAAGGUAUGUGUUCCAAGAGGCAAUUGCUCCAUGGGAGAAAGAAGUUAUAUCUGAACCUGGUACUCCGAAGCCUAACCCAGACCCAUUCUUCUACAUUCCUGAAGGAAAGUCUGAUCAUUACUUUGAAAUGCAAGAUGGGGUUAUUCAUGUUUACCCUUGUAGAGACUCAAAGGAAGAGCUUUUCCCUGUUGCCGACGCUACUACAUUUUUCACUGAUCUUCAUCACAUGCUUCGAGUCAUUGCAGCAGGAAAUGCUAGAACUUUAUGCCAUCAUCGGCUUAAUCUUCUAGAACAAAAAUUCAAGCUUCAUUUGAUGCUAAAUGCGGAUAGGGAGUUUCUUGCCCAGAAAAGUGCUCCACAUCGAGACUUCUAUAAUGUCAGGAAAGUUGAUACACAUGUACAUCACUCAGCAUGCAUGAACCAGAAACAUCUAUUAACGUUUAUAAAGUCAAAGUUGAGGAAAGAACCAGAUGAGGUUGUCAUAUUUCGAGAUGGGACAUAUUUGACCUUGAAAGAAGUUUUUGAGAGUCUUGAUUUAACUGGGCAUGACCUCAACGUGGACCUUUUGGAUGUUCAUGCAGACAAGAGUACAUUUCAUCGCUUUGACAAGUUCAAUCUGAAGUACAAUCCGUGUGGUCAAAGUAGGCUUAGAGAGAUAUUCUUAAAGCAGGAUAAUUUGAUUCAAGGUCGCUUCCUUGCUGAGCUGACAAAAGAAGUGUUUUCUGACCUUGAUGCCUGUAAAUAUCAGAUGGCCGAAUAUCGAAUAUCAAUAUAUGGUAGGAAGCAAAGUGAGUGGGACCAACUGGCAAGCUGGAUAGUGAACAAUGAGCUGUACAGUGAGAAUGUUGUUUGGUUAAUUCAGCUUCCACGAUUGUAUAAUGUCUACAAAGAACUGGGUAUAGUGGCAUCAUUCCAGAACAUUCUUGACAAUAUCUUUAUUCCAUUAUUUGAAGUUACUGUGGACCCAGAUUCCCAUCCUCAGUUGCAUGUUUUCUUGAAAAAGGUUGUCGGGCUGGAUUUGGUUGAUGAUGAAAGUAAGCCUGAAAGACGACCAACUAAGCACAUGCCUACACCUGCUCAAUGGACCAAUGCUUUUAAUCCAGCAUAUUCGUACUAUGUGUACUACUGUUAUGCAAAUCUAUACACCUUAAAUAAGCUUCGUGAAUCAAAGGGAAUGACAACAAUCAAAUUCCGCCCUCAUUGUGGAGAGGCUGGUGAUAUCGACCACCUAGCUGCAGCCUUCCUCACUGCUCAUAACAUUGCACAUGGAAUUAAUUUGAGGAAAUCUCCUGUGCUUCAGUACUUGUAUUACCUAGCUCAGAUUGGGUUGGCUAUGUCUCCUUUGAGUAAUAACUCCCUAUUUUUAGACUACCAUCGGAAUCCCUUUCCAACAUUCUUCUCACGGGGUCUGAAUGUUUCACUUUCUACUGAUGAUCCACUUCAAAUUCACUUAACGAAAGAACCAUUGGUUGAGGAAUAUAGCAUAGCUUCUUCUGUGUGGAAAUUGAGCUCUUGCGAUUUAUGUGAGAUUGCCCGUAAUUCAGUGUAUCAAUCUGGUUUCUCCCAUGCCUUAAAGGUUUGA